UUGGACCGGUGCAGUACUUGAAGAAGUGUGAUUUUUACCGACCGAAAAGUUAACCCGUGUCGUGAAGGUGAUGUCGUACAUUGUGUUACUAUUGCUGUUCGGAAUCACAGUGGCCCAGUCCGAACAACAAACUGGCCAACAAUCGCAACAAGCGCAACAGCAAGCGCUUAAACCGCUCGGAACGGUCGAGAAACCUUUACAGCUGGAAAACCCUGCAUACGAUCCAUCGCUGUACCAGAAGUUUCUGCCACAGGAUGCCGUCCAGCAGUAUGUCCACUCGUACACCGGACAUCCUUAUGCAGCGACGCCCUACUUUGGUGGUGCUCCGUUCGAUGCGGGUACCGCUUUUGCUGCCAUUCCGACCGGUGGAUUUGAAGGAUUUCUCAUUCCGGCCACGGUAGAGAAGGAUUCACCGUCACUGCUUAGCUCGAUGCGCACACUGCUUCCAAGUGCUCGUUCGUUGGUCACGUUCGUUGGCCGACUAGUGUCGGUGUUGGUCGGUUCCGUUGGGGUACUGUUCUUCGGUACGAUUCUAACAUCGCUGACCUGUUUCUUCACCCCAUUCUGUACGCUGUCUUUCCGCAAUGCAAAGUUUCUUACCGGCGCUCAAGAUACGGUUCAGGAGAUUGCACAAACGGUGGGGGAACAGGUCACUCCCGAGCGGGUAAAGCGGGCGGCUGAAUUCCUGUACACCGCGAUCGAUCGUUUCCAGCGACUAAACAACGUAGUAAAGGAGGCCACCGAACGGAAGGCCAUUGCUGCCGUUGCUGCAGCAAGAAGUUGAUUCA